GUGUGUUUCCCGGUUACUGUGAUUUGCGUUUCUCUAUCUCCUCUAUGUGUCCACGCGAGCUGCCAGGGACUGUACAAAUAGGCUUUGCCUUUCUCUAUCUCCUCCCCUCCAGGUCCAGGCCUCCGUUCCACUGUCGCCGUCCUCCCAAAUCCUAGCGAUGGCAGAGGCCAUCCCAGCCGAAUCCAGCACCGUGACCACCCCUCCCUUGGAUCUGAGCCACCAUUCCUCCCAAGAAUCAGGCGGCAUCGCAGAUGCAGGUGCAAAUGAUAAUGCAAUGCCGAGCCCAGGUGCUGCAGGGGACAGUAACCAAGCGGCCAUUGCUGCAGGCCCUCCAGAUAAACCCGAUCCGCGGCCGGCGAAAGCGCGCGUGGAGAAGAUGCAGCCCAGGAUCCUCCCUCUUCUGGGGAAGCCGUACUUCGCAUGCGUCGUCUGCAGGUCCCACAUCCAGCCGCCAUUUCAAGUGGUGGUUCCGAGGUCGCUGGCGCCGUUCCUCCCACCGAAGCCGGCGCCGGCUACCCUGACAUGGCAGGGGCGGUCCUGGGAGAUGCGGUUCACCGGUGGGCGCCCCAUCCAGCGGCUGGACGCGGGGUGGCGGAGCUUCGCGGUGGACAACGCGCUGAGGCUCGGCGACGGGUGCGUGUUCGAGCUGGUCAGCGGUGAGGGCGAGGGCGUCGUGUUCCAGGUGCAGGUGCUCCGUGCCGAGAUCCCGGCGAGGAUCCGGGAGAGGGCCGGCGGGUACAACUCGUCGAGCCCCAUCGUGAUAGAAGAAGAAUAGGCUCGGGUGACCGAGCAAGACAGCUUACGGCAUGUCGUCAUGGAAUUUGGGCCAGACCGGACGCGUUGCCGGAAUGGAAUGACAUUGACCGAAGUACGGGACUGGCCGGGGCCGUCUGGGCUCUCGCCCGUUGUUGUUGUUGUUGAUCUCAAUCUGAAUAAGCUGUAAAUGUUUGCGUGAAUUGAGUGUAGCUCACUUGUCUCGACUCCGAUCCGGUUCAAAUUCUAAACUUAACAUGCGCGCUUGCAAUUUA